GAAGAUUUCAAUCGAACGGUGCAAAUCACAUCCCUGCGCAAACUGUCGCCAACUCGAGUUCAUACCAUCGCAAAUUUGGAAUUUCGUUCGUCUAGUGGAGCAGCAGCACCAAAGUCUGUCAACCGCCAGCAUGGAUAUACCGUGGUUUAUCUCGUGAUCGCCAUGAAGUCCACUGGGGGAGGGUCCAACGUCGGCCUUGGCACGCAACAAUGCUUCCCAUGUGUCGCCGGACCAUUCCGAAGGAAACAACCACCACCGCGAUAUCGGGAAGUUGGCCCAGGCGUACUCGCAGCAGUAGCAGCAGCAGUCAAGCGUAGACGUCUUGACACUCUGGCAGCACUACGCGCUGCAACUAGACGACACACUCGCCAGGACUGGAAGCAUCCAUGUCAAGUCGAUGGCCACGCUUGCACGCGACAUCAAUGACAUGGAGGAGUUUCUGUGCUUCUUACGGCAACUCAUUUUGCAUGGAUAUUGGAAUAGUAGGGCGUUCGAAGCAAAGCGAUGGUUUCGACUGUGCGAGAUCGCAUGCCGUUUCGAUCGUGAAGCAUGUCGACCCGACCACCACGUCCUUCCAUCCCAGACACGCCGCAACGGUCCACACGACUCGCGGGUCCAAGCAGGCGUGCACAACCACGCUCAUGUAGGCAUUUACAUGCAUGUGCUCGCAGUCUAGCUCUGUGCGGCCGAGAGAUGGCAAGAUUGUCGGGGACAACUGAGGCAAGCGUUUUGGCUUGCCGUUCCUAAGAAUGCGCAACCGAUCGCGUCGGUUUCACGCCAAGAAUUCUCUGGGCCGCUCGCCAUCCCGCGCGAGGACUCCUUCAGCUCACGUCGCUGCAGAAGCGUCGCGACUCGUGGGCGUUGUACACAUAGACAAUAUACUUGGGAACGGCCAUGCAAGCGAAACCGACAGUCGCGACAAAGCGUCGUGCGACUGGGGACCCAUCACUUGUACUUAGUCUGGUGCAACCCCUCGAUACACCGAUGAUCAGCCGCUCCAGCGUCAGCCGCGAUGGCUGCAUGGCUAUCGAGGAAGCGCCGCGUGACGUAUCGCGGGCAAAGAUUGACAGCGUCAAGCUCGGGACGACUCGACGCAAAGCCCUCACGCUCCAAGAGCUUGUGGCCAUCAUCGACACGGAAACCCACGUCAGAGACGGCAUCCCUUUCCACAAGAAGGACGACAUCAAGCAAGCCCUGCACGACUUUGACGGGAGCAUGGAUGCCCUUGAACGCUACGCCCACUUUGACCCGUCCCGAAACUACACACGCAACUUGAUCUCCACCGACAACACGUCGUACGCACUCAUGUUGCUGUGCUGGAAUCGAGGAAAGUACAGCCCGAUCCACGACCACCCGUCCGAUGGGUGCUGGGUGCGCCACAUCCAAGGCACCCUCAACGAAGUUCGGUACUGGAACGACGGCGAGAAACUCAUCGAAACGUCCAACACGCUCAUCACGUCCGGCGUGUCAUACAUGGACGACUCGCUCGGCCUCCACAAGAUUGGCAACCCCAGCACCGACGUCGACGCGAUCACAUUGCACUUGUACUCGCCACCGUACAACAAGUGCCGCCUCUGGUUCGACCCGGCGGAUGCGUCCAAGUCGUCGACUGCCGUCGCCAACUUCUACUCCGAGUACGGCGAACGAACGCAGCAGUGACGCCACGUACGACCAGAAGCACAACGCAAAAUCGAACCAGUUGAACGUCUGCAGUGCAAA